AAAAUAAGUCCCUUGUGGAAAUGCAGGAACAUUUUUAAGCAUGUGUAGCUAAAAAGGUACAAGGAAGUGUUGAGGACAAUUCAGUGGGUAAGUGAAUGGCAUAGGCAGAUUUUAGUUAUUAAUGAUUCACUCCAACACCAUUAUCUAUUAUCAUGUACAAUCAAUCUCAUAACAAAAACCCGUCACUAAACCCCAGUCACUUUAACACCAAUAUAGGGUGGGUGUGUGUAUGUAUAUAUGCAUGUGUAUAUACACGCAUACAUACACAUACACACACUUCAUGUAUUCAUGAACUUAUGAAGUUUAACAUGCAGUGAAACUAUUCAACCUUGAGUCUCUGGUGUCUGCUUUAAGUGUCUUUUAACACUGUCUUCUCUGUAGCAUGAUGAGCAGCAUUUUGAUGUAAAUUGAGAGGUAAUAAAAUAUAGGUUUGUUUAGGGAACAACUGGUAAUGGCUACUAUAAAACAAAACCCAAAUUAACUAGUUCCACAAUAUUUAAUGUAUCUAACAAAAGUUCAAGAUAUCUGUUCACUAAUGAAUACAAAAAAUGUGAAGGGUCAGAAAAUUGUUGGUUAGAAGAUGCGUCAAAAAAAUUGGAUUUUUAUGCUUCUCCUAUACAAAGUCUCGUUUACACAAUAAAUUCAGAAUAGCCUUUCAAGCCUUUAUUGUGCAGCUCAAGCACAAAACACUGCUUAGUGCAACCAACAAGUCAUUUUCUUACGACAGUAUUCUAGUCAUCCGGGCAUAUGUUGGCCCAUGAAUGGUUUUCCCACUAGGUGGCGGUGUAGUGGUGAAAAUGAGACGAUUUUACGAUUAUAGUUCAGUUAAGCUGGGUCACCGCUAGGUGUCGUUACAGUUGUAGGAGUUUAAUAGCUCGAACCCUUACAAGGACUGAAUCCCAUAUACAGUAUUUCCCUAUAUUAAGACACUAAUUUAUAGCUUCUACACUAUAUGUGCAACACAAUAUGGCGGAUGAUCACUUAAUAUAAGGAUUCAAAGAUAUUUAUCUCAUUUUAAUGCUGUUUAGGUUGAAUUCAGAUAUCACAGAAUAAUUACAAUUAAGACGUUUUAAAUAGGAUUGUAUACUGCUAUUUCAGUUGGUGUAUUUCUUCUAAAUAAAAUAAUUAUUGUGUAUAUCAUUUACAUUAUUUUUGUUGAUAAAUUGUGCUGUUAAUUAGGAGCAUUUAUGAAAUACCUGUCCUGUCCUACUCUGUCUAUUUGCACGCUGUUAAUAUUAAUACUCGCUUUCUGUCUACUGAAAGAUGGCAGACUACUCGUGGACUUUUAUUAAUGGCACCGUUAGUCUGUUUUAGUCAAAAAUAUUUGAUUGGGUUACAAAUUAUGUAUAAUUUAAUAUGAGAGAGAGAGAGAGUGUCGAACCAGUUAAUUUAAGACUAAUGUAAAAUAAUCAGUAUAAUAAAAAAACUAUAUUUAUAUCCAACCCCGGCUUUUAUAUUAUCUAUUUGUUUAUUUUAGUUUAUAAUAUUAUUUCAUUUUAUUUUACAUAUAACUUUUACACUCCAAAUAACUGGUGUUAUGCAAAUAACACUUGUUCCUCACUCCUUAUAGAACUUUCCCAAUUUAUACGGGGAUAUAACUAGGAGAUGUCACAUGAAAGCUGCCACUCUUUUCUUUCGAUAUAAAUAUUUUAUUUUAUUUUAUUUUCUUCAUAUGCAGUCAAGCCUACCGAUGACCCAUGUGUCCAUCACUACAGAUCAGGACUGAAUAUGAACCUUUUUGGAGAAGGUUUGGUUAAAUCAUGUCUCAAACGAAGGAGAUGAUUCUCAGGAUUAUAAAUCUAUUUUUUAUUUGAAUUUAAUUUUAUUUAUUUUUUUUAGCCUUAAUUAAUCCAGCAUUUCAUGCGUUUCAACAUUUAAAUUUUUUUCCAUAUUUGAUGUAGCCAGGAAAUAUUGCCAGUUCUUUUCUUUUCUUUUUUUUUUUUUUACCUUAAAAUGAUUGAACAUCUUUGGUCGUGUGUUAAAAAAUGACAAAAUAAUUGGGUCUUUGUGUCAAGUGGAAAAUAAAAACACAACCCUGAAUAUGUCGAAAUUAAAAAGCGCAGAUGUAGACUAUACAACCUGCACUGCCUGCCUAGGUGAUGUCCUAUUAUUUAGAGAAAUAGAUCUCAAAUGAACUAGGUUGAUUUUGUCCAUUUUUAAAAGUAUAUAGGUAUUUAAUAGCGGGUGGCAGCUCUUUUAAUGUGCAAAUUUAAAGCGGUGACAGAGAGCGCCAAUGAAAACAGACUCCUAAAUUCAGUCCAGCACUUUUCCCCCCCGUCUGUGACAGUCAUUACGUCACGGUGGGCUUUAGCCAAUCACAGCGGUGUACGAGUCCUUCUACUUUCUAAGUGACACGCUCAAAGUUUAGACUUUUUCAGCAAAAGGACAGCAGGUCGAUGAAAAUGUUUUAUUAUCUUCCAGGUCUUCAUAUGUGAACUACCAAGAAAGACUGCCAUUUUAUUUAUAGAAGAUUUCAAAACAACACUGAAUAGCAGCCUAUAGCUGUCGAGGCGAACUCUCUCUCUCUCUUUUUUUCUGUCUUCCUCUUUAUUCUAAGAGAAUGCCAAAGCUUGAACAUUUGCAAUGUUUUGAACUCAGCGAUUGCUUUUUGCCUGGGAGGAGAUGGCUAUAACACGGCAGUCUGAUUAAUUCGGAAUUUUAAACGAGAAAAAAAUCCAGCACUAAGCCUGUUUUUUUUUUUAAUGCGAUGCUUUUUAUGCGCUGUUUUGCGAUUUCGUGCACUUUGUUGCAGAAUAACCUGGUCUUUUUGUCCUUUGGGCGCUUUUAUACACAGUAAAUAACCUCACUCUUUCUUUCUUUCUUUUUUUAAAAACCCGUUUUUACAACUCUUCGCGUAAUUGCACAUUUCAGACGUUUUGAACUGUAGUUGCUCGGUUAUGUUAGCUGUGGGGCAAAUGGACGGACCUCGUCAGGGCGCCUUUCUCCUCAACACCUCGCCUUUAUCUGCUCUGCACAGCAUGACCGAAAUGAAGACGCCUCUCUACCCGGCUUACCCGUUACCGUCUAGCGGUCCGGCGUCGUCUACCUCCCCUACCUCGACCUCUCCCAACCCGGGCGGGGUCCCGGUGUCUUCCCCGGGGAUCAAAACAUCAGCGGCUGGACUCUCGGCUCUCGCAUCCCAGCAGUGCGGGACUUCGGCCACCCCACACGGGAUAAACGACAUCCUCAGUCGGCCGUCGGUGGUCUCUUCUGGAGCAGCGACCUCUCCAGCCGGUCUGCUGUCUGGUCUGCCCCGCUUCAGCAGCCUAAGUCCACCUCCUCCUCCGGGGCUUUACUUCAGCCCGAGCGCAGCUGCCGUGGCCGUGGCCCGCUACCCCAAACCUCUGGCCGAACUGCCCGGCCGGACCCCUAUAUUUUGGCCGGGAGUGGUGCAAAGCCCGCACUGGAGAGAUGCCAGAUUUGCGUGUUCACCUCAUCAGAACUCAGUGCUGCUGGAUAAGGACGGAAAGAGGAAACACACAAGACCCACGUUUUCCGGUCAGCAAAUUUUCGCGCUGGAAAAGACUUUUGAACAGACCAAGUAUUUAGCAGGACCGGAGAGAGCGCGUCUGGCCUACUCCCUGGGCAUGACAGAGAGCCAAGUUAAGGUGUGGUUUCAGAACCGGAGAACGAAGUGGCGGAAGCGGCAUGCGGCUGAGAUGGCCUCGGCCAAAAAGAAACAAGACUCGGAGACCGAACGGCUGAAAGGUGCGUCGGAAAACGAAGACGAUGACGACGAUUACAACAAGCCUUUAGACCCAAACUCGGACGACGAAAAAAUCACGCAACUGUUGAAGAAACACAAACCGAACCCCGGGCUCAUAAUGCACGCAGGGGACACCGACAGCUCGUAAAGAAGCCCACGGAAGGAUCCGUGUUGACUCUCCAGUGCAGAAUUAACAUAAAAUAACUGCGUGUUUUCAUUCAGUUGUGAAAUGUCUGUGAGCGUGUUUUCACGAGGAAAAAGGAUGCAAAAAUUUCAUGCACUGCCGGAGGAACUGAGCGCAUCACACACUGCAAGCGGACCUUAAUGUAAAAACAACAGCGUGAGUUGUAUUGAAUAGAAAUUAUAUUACUGUGAAUAUUUAUGUGUAAAAUAUCUUUUUUGUAUAGUAAACGCUAUAGGCUCUUUUUUCUAAUCUCGAUUAUGUUCUGUUUGCAUCCCCACACCGGAAUAAGCGCAUCUCAUUUUCAUUUUAACUCUCUCUCUCUCUCUCUCUCUCUCUCUCUCUCUCUCUCUCUCUCUCUCUCCCCACACCGACCUGGCAUUUCAUUUUAAAACCCAUAUAGGCCUAUCACUGCUUCAGUUGGGCCAAGACACCUGAUGGUCAGUUUUGCAGUUUGAUUAAGUUUUGAGUGUAAAUAAUCAACAAGAUUUAACAAUGAAAUUAUAUUUGUAAAAUAACCCCUAGUGUUCGUCUCACAAUAAUAGGAUGUUCCCCUUUUCCUUUUCACACUUAAUUUAUAAAAUUUUACGUUUGUAACGGUGUUGGAUGCGGGAAAUGCGCUUUGCAUAUUCGUGUGAUA